UUGCUCAUAGGUGUGGCCCACGGCGAAGCAUGCCCACAAACGGAAUUAACAAGGCCUUGAAGCUCCAGUUUGGCCUCAUCAACUAUGAAAACCGCUACCUGACAGCAGAGGCCUUUGGUUUCAAGGUGAACGCCUCAGGGAACAACAUGAAGAAAAAGCAGAUUUGGACUCUGGAGCAGGACGAGCAAGAUGGGUCAGUGGUGUUCCUGCGAAGCCACCUGGGACGUUACCUGGGAUCAGACAAAGAUGGGAAGAUCUCGUGUGGGGCAGAAACGCCAGACGCAGAGUGUAGAUUCCUCAUAGUUCCCCAGUCCGAUGGCCGCUGGGCUUUGCAGUCAGAAUCAUACCAGCGCUACUUUGGAGGUUCAGCUGACUACCUCUCCUGCUUUGCCCAGGUCAUAGGAGAACAAGAGCUGUGGGCAGUACACUUGGCACUUCACCCACAGGCCAGUUUCCUCAGUGUGGCACGCAAACGCUAUGCCCAUCUGUCCGCUACAGAUGGGGAGAUCUCUGUGGACAGCAACAUACCCUGGGGAGUGGAGUCUCUGGUCACCUUGGUGUAUGCUGACGGCAAGUACAGCCUCAAGACUUGUGACAGCCGUUUCCUCAGCAACGACGGUAAGCUGGUAAAAGAGAGCAGCAACAGCACAAGCUUCACUCUGGAGCUCAAGUCGGGCAAGCUGGCCUUCAAAGACUGUGAGGGGAAGUACCUGACUCCUGUGGGGCCCACGGGAACGCUCCGGUCCGGACGUUGUUCCAAACCGGGGAAAGAUGAGCUGUUUGACCUGGAGGAGAGUCACCCACAAGUCGUGUUUCAAGCUGCCAAUAAAAGAUAUGUGUCAGUCAGACAAGGAGUCAGCAUUUCAGCCAAUCAGGAUGUCGAGACAGACAUGGAGACCUUUCAGAUGGAAAUUGACAAACAGACCAAAAAGGCCAUAUUCAGGACUAAUGGUGGCUCUUAUUGGACCCUGGUGACUCAUGGAGAGAUCCAGUCCACUGCUACAGAAGUUGAGGUCAACACUAUGUUUGACAUCGAGUGGAGAGGACAAAGAGUGGCUCUUAAAGCCAGCAAUGGGAAGUACAUCUGUACCAAGAAGAAUGGCCAACUGUCUGCAGUCAGCGACUCUGUUGGUGAUGAUGAGUUAUUUCUGAUGAAGCUCAUCAACCGUCCAAUCCUCAUUCUCCGUGGAGAAAAUGGCUUUGUGUGUCACCACAAGAAUUCCAACACUCUGGAUGCAAAUCGAUCUGUCUAUGAUAUCUUUUCAUUGAUUUUCAGCGAUGGAGCGUACCACAUAAAAAGUGCUAAUGGAAAAUAUUGGAACGUGUCCAGCAAUGGCCUGGUGUGUUCAAAUGGAGAGAACUCUGAGGACUUUUUCCUGGAGUUUGUAGAACACGGACGAGCUGCCAUCAAAUGCUCCAAUGGGAAAUAUCUCCGUGGAGACCAAGGAGGUACUCUGAUGGCUGAUGGUACUAGUGUUGAUGCUAUGUCUCUGUGGGAAUACUGACAAAUCUGCAAAUUAUGCCAUUCCUGCUGCCACCAACAUCUAUAAAGUAGCCUACUUCGUAUGAACUCUACUCUACUGCCAGUUGCCCAAAUUAUUUAAUUGGUAAGAGAAGCUGGAUCCAUGGCACUCAUAUCACUGUUUUUGAAAUGUCAACAGUGAAUGAGGAAUAAAUAGAUAUCACACUUUAGCUGUCAAAGUAACUAAUGCAUUCAUCGGUCCACACCGGGUUCUUUAUUCGCAGCAGCUAGAACAUUUGAAUACUUGUCCAUCAGGCUGGUCACUGAUGUCAUUUCUUGCAAACCAAAUUCAAAUGACUCAUGCCAGUUGUGUCUUGUUUACAUGAAUUGUCCAUUAUGGCUUUACUUUUUUGAAAGAAAUCAAAUUAUGUUUGUAGAACUCUAUAUAUAUACUCUAUAUACUAUUUA